AUGGCUACCCAGUACUACCUGUCCUCCCUCAGAUUCAUCCACAAUCCCAAAACCUUGUUGGAAAAGGAUCAACAUGUUAGGUUGGCUCCAGGAGGCUCCAAAGGGUCCAUCUGGCCAUGCCAGGUCACCAAUGCUGCCAAUAAAGUCAUCAUGGAUCUCCCCCAUUACUACUACAAGCCUAUUCAGGCUUUCACUUGGAGAGAAAAGAUGAUCCAGCUGGUACUUCAAUUCAAGGAGGAGGUGGAGGUGGAAGAGCUGCUGGUGGAGAACCUGACCAUGAUACUCACAUAUAUGAACAUGGUUUUUGCUCAAGUAGUUGUGGAGGUGAAGAAAGUCAAAUGUGGAGAUUGCACACUUGAUUGGCACAGUCCAACAUUUGACAACUACUUGUUGAUAGAAUAUUUUGUGCAGUGCCAUGAACCAACCCAGGUAAGGAAUUAUAGAUGCAACAAUGACCACAACAUCAACCAUACCAGCAUUGCAAAGGUUGACUGGGCUCUCCAUGAGUGCUCCCUGGGUGAGAUGUGGUGUGGGAGCCUGACUCAGUUUGAAAUGGAUGAGGACAUGAAGACUCUGGAUGUGGCAUGGAGACUGAUCAACAUGAUGCUGGGAUUCUAUGAUCCAGUGGAGGAUGAGGACCCUGACUAUACACAUACAAAGAACAUCUGCAAGGCAGUGCUGCAGAUAAAGGCAAGGGAAAGGUGCAGGGAGAGGGAGAUGAUAGCAAUGGAGGAGGUCAUUGUGGUGGUGGGGUGA